UCAAUGGCGCGAAGCCAAAAUAUUAAGCACCCAAAUUUGUAAGCCAAAUUUUUGCACUGAUGAGUUGGUUUGCCAGUACUAGACUUAAAUAUAAUUUUUUUACUUAAACUUUCUCUCUACUACCUCCAAACCGACUCUCUCUCUCUCUCAUUGAGCAAAAAAGACCAUCUCUUCUCUCUCUUUUUUUCUUUUGUUUUUGGGUUUUGCUCUCUGUCACUCACUCACCCCUCCUCCCUCUUCCUCUCUUUUUUUUUUCCAUUGAAGAAGAAAUUGUUUUCUUCCUUAGAGUUGUUGGAGUUCGAGGAAUCAUGUGGUUGUGAUUUUUUUAUCUACUAGUUCAGAUUAACAGGGAGAUUAAAUUUGGGGGUUUUCUUUGCUCUUUUCAAAUGGGUCUGAUUUGGUUCUUCUUCUUUAAAGAGGGCCCCUAUUCUGAUUGGAGCAAGCUACUGGUUGAACUUUUAGGUUUGUCAGAUCAACUAGCAACACUUCAAGCCACGGAGAGAACACAUUCACAAACCUACAUUGGAUGCAUGAAGAAAGGACUAGUAAUCACUGACCCUAAAAUGAAAUGGUAUGAGAAAUCAAGACAUCUAAUUGGGAAUGAAUACUUUCGCAUGCUUAUGGUCCUAUAUAUGUUCUGUCUGCAGAGGUGGUCGCAUCAUUGGCAAUUGCUAGAAAUAACAGUCAGCCACAUGUUCUGUAUCUACUUUCUUUAUUGUGACAUGUAGGAACGUUAUUGGUUGAGUUCGAGAAUAAAAGCACUUAAAAGGUAGGCAAGGAUGAUCCUUCUUUUCUUGGAAUAGUCCAUACCCUCUGGCAUUGCAUUUCUUGAGUCAUUUGGUGAAGGACUUGGGGUUAAACCACAUCAGGUGCCUUGGAUUCAGACGAAGGCAGGGUCAUCCAAGAUAUUGCGAGGACACAACUACGUCACCUUGAGUCACAGUAUGCAUACUUUUGUAGUGUCAGAGAUAGAACAUUUGGCAUGGCAUAUUUUGAAUAGGUUGGGCAACAAAACUUUUUGAACUCUACUGAUGUAGGCAGACCUUUGUAUAUUUGGCUAUUGUAAUCAACAUUGGUACUUUAUAUUUUAUAAGGAUGGUGGUUGUAUAUCGAUAAAUCUUUGAGUAUU